AUGUGGGACGCGGAUGGGGGAGAGGAGGUGAUGUGGUUGUGCCUUGCUCUUGCGCUUUCCCUCAUCGACUCGAGAUGUCGGCCAUAUGUCAUGCGUGCGUCGCGUCGCGUGCGACGUCUCGCUCACUCUCGAAGCCGGCCGGAUGUUUUGUGGUUGGUCGUGCCUUCCGACGCGGCUGUUGCCCGCGCGACUGCCGCCUCGAACUCCAGCGCACCUCCUCCGAACAAGGCCACGACACAUCGACGAUUGAUUAUCGCCAUUGCCACUGCACUCGCCAAUGAUGCCGGACACUGGAUGUGCUUGUCACGAAUACUGAGCUGUUCCGGCAGAUCAGCCGGCAGCGGCAGCGAUGAAGUGCUGUGUUCCGACGCGGAGGACGACUGGGCGCUGGCCGAGCGGGCAGCGAAGAGACGAAGGGUCGAGAGAUUGGCGCACCACUUUCUCGACGGGCUCGGCUUGGAAGUGACAUCGGCCAGACUGGAUCCUCGCUCGUUCCGGCAGGCAUGCACCUACUCGUUUGCCACGCCCAACGACGCUCACAUCGCGCUUGCCGGAGCUGACAGUGACCCCGCGGGGCAUUCCGAUGAAGACUGGCCCGACCUAUGGGAAGUGCUACGCGCAACGAACCGGCACGGCGAGCCCAUCGCACCGCACGCCGGCAUCGUGGACAUGGCACACGACGCGACAGCAGCCGAGGCGCACGCGCACGCGCACGCGCAGUCCACCUGUCAGCGCCGGAGCAGCCGCCGCCGCCGCCUCGUCCGGAUUGCACUCGAUCCCAGCGAAGAUGCGCUUCGGAGAGCAGCAGGACUCCGUGCGCGAAACUGGCCACCAUCGCUGCCGGAAAUUGCCGAGUCACAGCCACCGUCCGCUCCUGUGACACUGGCAGACGAAACCCAGUCGGCACCCCUCUCUCCACCUUCGACUGCGCAAGACACAACGAGCUUUUCUGACCACCGCCCCUCGCCGACCCCCGCAUGGACAAGCUCAAAGUGGCUGCGAACGCGUGCAUUCCAGCCUCCGAAGAAGCGGGUCGAUGAAGACUGCAGCAAGGACGAGCUUGCUCUGUCAUCGUUCAGCCUGGCCUCUCAGCACGCUCGCCCUCGCCCUCGCGCUCUUCAGAGACGUCCGGCUGAACGUGAUGCAAGCUCGCCGCCAAGCUUUAUCGCAGGACUCAGCGGACAGCCAUCCACAGCGACCCGCUCUUUCCUCACCGCGCCACCUCAUCCUACCGGACAGGAUCUUAGUGCAAUCCCUGAAGCUGACACUGGUCCAACAGAGUGUGGCGGACAUUUCGAGACCGCACCGGGUGAGGCAGAGGGCCAUGCGAACCCAGUCUCUGAGGCUCGAGAGAGCCAACUGCAAGGCGAGAGUCAGACACAGCUUUUCAUUUGUGAGGGCAUCCUAGCCAAACCCCGAAUGUCUUGGGCAUCUGUGGACGAUGCGAAGCUUGUCCGGGAAGCACAAUGCACAGCAGAACAAUCGCUGGCGCCCAUCGCAUCCGAACAUGUGCCUUCUAUCAUUCGGGAAUCCGGACAGAACUCUGUACAAAGCAAGGCUAUGAAGAAGACGAAGGGCAGAUCGACCACAUCUGCCGGCAACACGUCUCCUGCGAUUGACAACCAACCCAGACGCAGGUCGAACAGGAGGCGAAGUGCACCGUCACAAUCGCAGAAGGCUGCUGAGGAGAUCGAUGAGCUCCCUGCUGAGCAGCGACGUGGCAUAACAGUCCAGCGCGUCGAGUACACGGAGACAGCUGGAGGAAAGAACUCGUCGCCCUUUGUGUUCCGGAAAAGAGCGACUCGAUCUGCUAAGGCCGAUAUGACAGAACAAGAGGCGACACUCCUACCUUCGGAACAUACACGUCUUCCAUCAGUCACACCGAGACGGGCGAUGCAAUUUCCAUCGGAUGACAGUCAAGACGUGAACCAAGACCCCUAUACACCUUUGGUCAACGAGCACCUGAACACUGUGCUGCCCAAGGACACCACCACCGCUCGCCGUUCUACACUCAGAAGCUCGCUCCGAAAUGAGAUGCAGGCUCUAGGUGCCGAAAUCAGCAGGGCAGCAAACGAUUCUUCUUCACAGUCGGAGCCAGGCUCGCAGCGGCACGAGCUACCGCCCGCGGACGUCGAGAAUGAGGAAAAUGUGCCUUCACAGCAGUACGACGCGCAAGCAGAUGAAGGGCAGAACGAUGAAUCGUCGCAUCCACUGCAGAUUCCCAUCGCCGAACUACCAUCAGCGCUACCUGGCACGCAAGCAAUGCUCGAUCAGGCACAUCACGAUCUGUUCACCUCGCCGAACAAGACUAAUUCAGAUCUCUAUCUUGGAGAAAAUUCCACACCUGGGGCCUUGCCGAAUGUUGGAAAGAGUGCACGAAGACCGCUCGGCGCACUAUCGCAAGAGCGUAUGCCAAUACCGAGCACCCAAGCUCUCAUCAAUGAGUGGCAUGGGUGGUCAAGCGUCAAAAAGCCAAGAGAGCCUGGCAAGCGGAGCAGUCUUGAAGCGUUUCAGUCCCCAACGGUGACAAAAGGGAAGGCCCGGGACUCUGCUAAAAUCGCUUCCGACCCUUUCGAGUCACUUGGUAAAGAUGCCAGACGUAGGAGCAGUCUGCGAUUCUCGAUGAGCUUUGCAGAUUCUGCUGCCAAAGAGCCUGCGAAGAAGCCGUCUUCGCAGCCAGCGCCGUCGACGGUAUUGGUUCCGGAAACCUCUGACAAGCACGAGUGCCUGGCGUUCACUGCUCCCAAGCCUAGUGGCAAGAUCGCUUCUUCGGCCACCUUCUCAUUCGCAGCUGAGAUGUCCUCGAUUCACCUACCCAGCGCGUCUUCAGCGCCGGCCCAGUCUUUCGCCGCAAGCACGAGGUCGCAACAUUCCGUAGCCCACGGGAUUGACUCUCUGAGCUUCGGACCACAUGAGCAUGAACCUCCUCCGUAUUUGAAUGCACCAGAUGAUCGUCCUCCAGACAUCUCUCUGGCAAAACAUGCAGGCACAUCAAAACAGCAUGUUCAGUCUAGCAAAUCGGUCGUGAGUGACUGUCAAACUUCGUGCUACGAUCAAAAUAUUGAUGAAGACGAACACGAUCUAAGCUUCGCUGCUCCACUUCCACAAGUACCCCAUCCUGUCGUGCCAACUCAAGAUGAGACACUCCUCGAGCAAGAUGCCACGACCAUCGAUUCCGAUGCACCGGCACCAAGCUACGUCCGAAACAACGCUCCAACACCCAGCUAUAUCCGAAACAACGCGCCCACGCCAAGUCACAUCGGACGACAGAACUCAGCUGUGCUCUCAGCUCCGGCACCAAGCCCAAAGGACCUCGAGUAUGAUUCGCAGGAACUUGCUGGGGCGGUGAACGAGUUGACCAGAGAUGUUUUGGGGAGUGUAAGGAAGGAAACUGGAGGGGAGGGAUGA